CUUGUAUGCGUCAGCCUAUAAUCAGGUAUUCGGCACUUUUGUUAUAUUUUUCGUUAGGUUUUUUUUUUAAUGUGAGUGGAAUCAACAAGAUAACAAGAACUAUUCUGAGCGAAACGUCUAGUCUGCUGCAUUUGUCUUUAAUACGGUCGUGUCGUUAACUCUAUAGUCUCCGCCGCUCCGUAACACCCACAACCAACAUUUCAAAGACCUUUUUCCCCGAUGGCUGAACCCAGAAUUCGAAUGUCGUCUCUGGGUCGCGAUGCGCGCGUUGGAGAUUUCUAUAACUAUUUCACCGAUUCAAUAUUUUCAAGUGGAAUUGAAGUUCCGGAAGAAUACAAGUCAAUUUCAAAAACGGCAAGCGAAACUACAAUUUCUUUCUUUUACCAAAAGCCAGACAAACUCAAACGUUACAUGUUAAAUAUUAAUUCCCACCUGUACCACAGCAUUGAAAAGGGUUGUCUGGAUUUGAAAAACCUUUGGUUCGCCAAUUACCUAAAUGCAAAUUUAACUGAAGGUGAAGGCCGUGUAGCCCAAGUCACUGUCUUUAUUCGACUAAGUCGACGAAUCGAAACUCUCGAUCCGCAAUUCAUUUCGUCAAGAAUGUACGAAUAUCAGUUAAGAAGCGGCGGGCGAGCGACACAUUUGAUGGAGAAAGUUGUUUACGGAGCUGAGAUUAUCUGCUCAAUCAAAAAAUUAGUCGAUUGGGAAAAGGAAACAAAAGAGAGUGUUGAACGAAAUAUCUAUUUGACAGCCAAGGAUUACUUCGAUCAUGCCUUUGGUCUGGAUCCAGCUACAACACAGUUACCCCCUGAAUUGAAUGAAGCCACUUGUAAAGUUCUCAACAGUUUAGAAGCUGGUAAAAAUUCGAAAAGCUCAUUCCAAGAAUUCAUUCAAUAUCUGAGAGACGUGAUUUAUUAUUAUCACGACGAACGACCGGAGAAGUGGAAACCCAUCGAGAUCGUUCUGCGUGACAUUCCGGCUCAAAUUGAUGCUCGACUCUGGUUAGAGAGGAGAAAUGAAAUUGCAUUCCUGAAAGAGCAGUACGAAAUCACGUGGAAAUGGAUUGUGAAGGAGAGUCGCAUCUUAUCGAACCAUUUGUCUCUUCAUCGUUUUCCGUCACUGGAGAAAGUGAUCUGCCAGUUCCAGGACCUACUCCAACCUUUUUGGAAUAAAGAGAUUGUGAAAUUCCAAGAAAACACUCAGACUCCUGAGCAAGUCUUGGAAAAAGUCAAACCCAUCUCUGACUUUCUGACUCAAAUGAUCGACUGGCUAGCCCAACGACGAAAAGAAAUUGAGGUGUUUGACUUGUUACUAAACGGAACCCAAUUAGCAGCGCUAGAUUUGGAAGAUAUAAAAAUUCGAAUGAGGAAUGCCGUCGAAAAAUCCGCCAUAGUUUUCGUCUUGAAAGUCGAAUACAACCAAAAUAUUUUGGUAGAUAAAAUAUUGGAACUAACUGGGGGCAAGGAAUUAGCUUUCGAGCUCCCAACUUUGAUGAUCACAAGAUUAGAGAAGGAAAGUCUUGCGGAAGUUAGAAGAAAACUAUACGAUUUUGCAAAUGAAGCUGAUCUGAAUAGAGGGGAUCCAAACCGGAACACUUGGUACCAGAUAGCACUGGUGCCAAUCUCUUCGUCGUGGAACGACGGAGCCAUACAAGUUAUUGAUUUUUCUGACGGAGUAUCCGACCAAUCUUUGGUGCCGUUGGAUAAUCCAGUCAAUUCACCUGAAAAGGUCCAACAAAAUCAACCCCAAAGUCCCUCUCUUUAUCCAAAUCUACAUCAAAUAACACCAGAUGAUGUUUCCUCAUCAACAAAACAGCCACAGUUGACAAAUGAAUUUGGUACUGUUGUUCAGAAGGAUGAAAAAAGUAAAGAGGAAGAAGAUGAAAGCAUGGAUAUUGACUCAUCCAUGCUUUCGUCCGAUUUAGAUGCUGCUAUGGAAGACGCUGAGAGCAAUAAUGGACCUGCUUCGUCCGAUAACAGCAUGACUCAGUUCAUGGGGGAAACUGAAACAAACCCAUCGACGCAAGAGAAAGAUUCAUACGGAAUAACGGAGAACCGUCAUCAAACACAAAGCACUGAGAGCAGCUAUGCUGGUAACGCGGUAACAAGACGAGAUUCACUUGUAACUAGUUUGAAUAAAAUUGAGAUAAAAGAUAGCCAAGAUAGGUCCAUAGCUACCUCAAUACAAAAGAGUUCAAUUGCUGCAGGAAACCAAAAUGACGACCCUGGUAAAUCGUCUGGCGAUCACCAGCGAGAAAAGAAAACAAGGCCAAACUCGUCUUGUCGAGAAGAAGAAACAAGAAAACAUCACGAAACGGACUCCAAGGCCAGUGAAUCCCCCAGCAAAAACAAGAGACAACAAGAGAAGGAACGUGAAUUCGACAAUGAUCAAAAUUAUCGAUUGCCGGUGCACGAAGAGCCUCGGUCAAACCGAAACAUCGGCGAGUUGUUUUCCACCAGCAGGCAGUACAGUCAAUUAAUCAAAAAAGGUCAACCUAAUGUUUACUUGUUGAACGCCGAGGAAACAUCCGUUGGUGAGGAUUUUCGUUGUUUCGACAUCGGACAGCCAGAAGGUUCUCUGUCGUCAUACGUUAUGCGAAAACACAAAGUAAUCAUCUUAAUGGGCGCCACUGGGUGCGGCAAGAGCACGCUCAUCAACGGAAUGGUCAAUUACAUCCUCGGCGUCAAAUGGGACGAUCCUUUCCGUUUCAAAUGUGUCCGGGAUGACGAAACGACCGCCAAGAACCAGGCGAUCAGUCAAACGAGUUCCGUGACAGCUUACACCAUCCACCACCAGGAAGGGAUGACCGUCCCUUAUUCGAUCACGAUCAUCGACACGCCCGGAUACGGAGACACGAGAGGAGUUCAAAGGGACAAGGAAAUCACGCGCAAAAUUCAUCAAUUUCUGACUCAACCGGAAACUCGUGUCGACGAGAUUCACGCCGCCUGUUUUGUGGCCGCUUCAGGAAACAGCCGAUUAACGCCUACCCAGAGCUAUAUUAUAGAUUCUGUGCUGUCCAUCUUCGGUAAAGACGUCAAGGAGAACAUUCGCUUGCUUGUGACAUUCGCAGACAAUGCCCACCCUCCAGUGGUUGAAGCCUGCUUGGCUGCCAACUUUCCCGUGACAUCUGUGUCGGCUGGAAUCACGUUCAGCAAAUUUAACAGUUCCGUCCUCUACGCCAACAACGAUCAAAAAGGAGAAGACGAUUUCUGUUUCGACGAACUAUUCUGGGAUAUGGGAAAAGAGAAUUUCCACAAUUUUUUUACGAUGCUGGAAGGAAUGAACGGCAAGGACUUGAAAUCAACUCGCAACGUCAUUCAGAGUCGCGGACUGCUGGAACAGUCGUUGAAAAACAUCGAACAAGAGCUGGAAGUCUGUUUUGCCAAAAUCGAAAAUAUUGAAAUAUUUCAGAGUAAAAUGAGGGAAUACGGGCACAAAAUGGACGCCAACAAGAAUUUUACCUUUGAAAAGACGGAAAUGCGCCUCACUAAGUUCACAUGCGGAAAAGGAUUCUUUGCUUACAACUGCCGGCGUUGCAGGGACACUUGCGAAAGGCCAGUAAAACAAAAAAAGACGGAAAGAUUGGCAACUAUAAAAAGAAAAUGCGACAAAGAGUUCUGCACUUGCCCGGCUUCAGAACACGAAUACCAGCAAUUCGAAUGGCGUUUGACUCCAGUAAAGAUUACAACGACUCUGAAGGACAUGAAAGCCGAAUACGAAUCGAAUUACGAUAGGAAAGUCUCUGUUGAGCAACUUCUCGCUGACAACUUGGACGAAUUGAAUGUGGCGAAAGCCAAAGUGUUCAGUUUGCUGGAACAGGUGGGCAUCAAUGCCCGUUCACUGGAAUCGACAGCUCUUCGCUCAAAUGCGCUCACUCCAUCCGACUACCUUAGUAUGAUGAGAAGCCGUGUCGCCGAGGAACAAGCGCCCGGUUACCUGACACGAUUAGAAACAUUAACGGAACUGCAAAAUUGUUUGGCAGCCGAUGCAUCAGCCUCUGCGUCAUAUAAGACGGCACGUAGUUUCCCUAACCAGCAGACACAGCACCGAUCAUCGAACACUGGUGGAGCAUCUUACAGAGGAAAUUACGGAUCGAAAACAUUCCAAUAUUCUCAACAAGGCACCGUUGACGGCUAUCGGAUGACUACUACAAAUACCGCUGGUGCUUCCAUAAAUUAUUCCUCUGGAUAUAAUACGAGAGCUGCUAGUGGCCCUAUCCUCAACCAGCAUAAUAAUCAAUCGGAUAUGACAAGACGAGAGACUUCGGAUAGUAAAGAGGACUACUCUUCCGAUGAUAACAAAGAAAAAAAAGGUAUGUUUGCUAGGGCAAAGGAUUUUAUUUUUAACAAAUGACUUUUAUUCUUCAAACCGCCAUUAUUAUUGUGUUUUUUUUUCACUCUCACAUUUGGGAUUUCGUUGGGUUAAAAUAUGAAAUUCAAGAAGUACUUGUAGAAUAAAAAAUACAAAACUCUUUUAAAAGAAGCUUCGGUUUAUGGAUCAACAAACUAGAUUAAAAGAUGUAAAACAAACUUCCUAUUUGCUAAUUGCUUAUUGACGAUUUCAAUGCCAAGACAUAUUUGAGAUUCCUAAACAAACUUACUGUAAUUGUCCAAGCUGGUUCAACAAUACACAUGGGACGUUGGGACCU